AUGAAGUUCAAUAAAGGAAUAAUGAUGAAAAUGGAAAACAGAAAUUGGAUGAAAGAAAUAUUACAAGAAGCAUAUAAAUACAGUUGCGAUGAAAGACCCAAGUAUAGAAUAAAAAAGCGAAUUGAGUGGUGUCAAAACAAAUCAACAGCUCUGGAGAUAUUAGGUCAUAUCAAAUGUGAAUUCGAAGUGGCAAUGACCAAGAUUAAACAUAUGGAUUGUGAGAAAGAGCGAACGAACACAGUGAAAGAUAGUGAUAUGAAGGAAAGGAGACAAACAAAAAUGGACUGUUGUGAAUUAAUGUGCUCAAAAACAAACUACUUUGAGGAAAACAUGGAACUUGAAAAAUCACAAACGCUUGAUAAAUAUGAGCGUGUUAAGGAUGAGAACAAAAGAGUUAAAAACAAAAAUGAGUCACUGAAAAAGAACAUCAAUGAGAUGUCGGAAGAAACAAACAUAACAAUAACUAGAUAUAAAAAGGAAUUGGAAAGACUUAACACGAAAAUCGGAGUAAUGAACAAAGAUAUAAAAACAAAAGAAAUGGAAAUUGAAAAACUUCAACAAGAAGUGAGAAAUACUUUGCACAUAUAUACAUUUAACAAAAAGGGUGUGGACACUGAAAUAACAACGGUAAAAGAUAAUGAUAUAAAAGAAGCGACGGUAAAAAAGAAAAAGAAAGAAGAAUAUGAAGAUCUGAAAAAGCCAAAACCCAACAUUGAAGAAAAAGCCGAAACAAAACAGAAAAUGGCCAACAAAGGAAAAGAAGUAAUAACGAAAGAAGAAAUAGUUGAAAUUGAAGAUCAAUACUCAGAAGUACAAAAUGACUUCUGUGAAAUAAUGCCAAGUGAAAAAUCACAAAAAGCUGAAAAAGAAAAACAAGAAGAUACAAAUGAAAAGAAAAGUGUCAAGAAACCCAAAUUGAGAGACGAUACUGAUGAUGAAUUUAAACGAAUAGAGAAGAAAUCGGUAUUUAAUGAAGGGAGUGAUUCGAAGAAAAGAGAAAAAGAAAUUAUUCAUGAAGACAAUCCGAAAAAUGGUAAAAAUGGAAAGAAUACAAAAAUGAAAAGGUCAAUGAGUUUAAAUUCAAACUUAAUCGUUACUAGUCAUGACGAUGAUAUUCCAAGAUCAAAUACCCCACCAUUUGAUGAGAAAGGAGAAGGUGUAACAAAAAACUUGAGAAUGCGACUAUAA